GCGCAGCGUCGGGCCGAGCCCAGCCUGGAGCGGGUGAGUCAGGUAGGAGGCUGGCGGGCUGUGAACGCCCCUUUUUGCUCCGCUCCUCCCCUCUUGGUGGAAGAGAGAGAGAGAGAGAAAGUAACUGAGCCACCUCUUCGCCGCCUCUCCUUUCCCGCACAGAAAAUGUCCGGGCUGCAGAUCAACUUGGGACCCGUGAAGGAGCCGCUGGGCUUCAUCAAAGUCCUCGAGUGGAUUUUUGCCAUCUUUGCAUUUGCCACCUGUGGAGGUUACAGUGGAAAAACCUCUCUUAUCCUCAACUGCUACAAUGGCACAAACGCUUCUCUUCAAGCCAACUUUGCGUAUCCUUUCAGGUUGCACCAGUCUUCGUUUGACAUUCCUUCAAGCAAGCAGUGUCACAGCAUCUGGAACAGUACUUACUACCUGGUGGGAGACUUCGCCUCUCCCGCUCAAUUUUUUGUCACUUUUGCAGUCUUCGUGUUCCUGUACUGCAUGGCUGCUUUGGUGCUCUACGUGGGUUACUUGCACUUGUAUCGGGGCACUGGUAAACUCCCCAUGAUUGACUUUGUUAUCACAGUAGUCGUCUCUUUCCUGUGGUUGGUGAGCACAUCAGCCUGGGCUAAGGCCCUCACAGACAUCAAAACAUCCACCGGACACAGCAUAACUGAACUUCAACCUUGCGUGAGCCAAACCAAUCGAUGUCAGUUCAAUGACAUCAGAAGCUUGGGUUCCUUGAAUGUCUCUGUGGUCAUUGGUUUCCUCAACCUGAUCCUCUGGGCAGGGAACGCUUGGUUUGUCUACAAGGAAACCAACUUGCAUAACCCUCCGGCUGCCGCUCCUCCGACCCCUGGCAACCCCCCACCUCAUUCGGGGAUGUAAGGAGCAUGGAGAGCCAUCCGCUAUGGGGCGCAACCUCUUGCUGGCAGGAUGGUCGUGGCAGCAGGUUGUUGUUGUUUUGUAAACGCCCCCCUCCUGAUAAUGCAAUUGAUGUGUGAAAAAUGGAUGGGUUUCUUUUGUUGUUGUUGUUCUAAAAUUUCUGUCUAAGAGGAAAGAAUGGAGAUCUCUGCUCAGCCCCGUGUGCAUCCAAACAGAUCAUGCUACUGUACUGAAGCUUAUUCUGUGCAUUGAAAAUAAGGACACAAGUUUCUUGAUUUAAAGCCUAGGAGAGUUUAGCUGUACAGCUUUCCAAGGGCUGCACAGGUCAACACACGCUAUGUGCACUGAGUUGUGCUGCUCACUGUAAGCUGCAGCCUGAUCCUGUCUAUGUUUACUCAGAAGGCAGUUCUGUUGAGAUCAGUGGGGCUUACUUCUAGGCAAGUAUGCUUAGGAUUGCAGCCUUGGCCUCACCCAAGCACACACACACACACAUAUAUAUAUAUGCUUGGGUGAGACCAAGGCUCACAUAUAUAUAUGUAUAUAUGCCUUUGGCUGCCUUGCAGAUAGGAAUUGUACAUAACACUCAAGAGAUGUACAUUGUUCUUAGGUUACACUGCUGUCCUUCUGUAGCAGGAAGAGUCUAGGUGACUGCCUGGGACAGUGUCUGUAUGUGAAACUCCUGUCACCAAACUUUAGAUCUGUAACUCUAGGAAUGGAAGAAAGCAGGGCUGGGGAACCUGUGGACCUUGAUCUAUUGCUUGAUCACAACCCCCUUUCAACCUUAACCAUUGACCAUGCUGGCUGGGACUGCUGGAAGUUGGUGUUCAACAGAAUCUGGAAAGCCACAGGUUUCCCAAAUGUGUAGAGAGACAAAAAGCAUUUCUCUGCACAUAGUCUAUAUAGACCAGAAUAUGCAAGAGUUGUUGAUAGGAGCUCUGCACAAAAUAAUGGCAUCUGAAGUAGGCUCCAGAAACUUGAACGGAACCCUAACCUUCAAAUCAAUGUUGAAUUUCUAGCCCUUGCAGGUAGCAAGAAAAUGUGAGGCUUCAUUUAAGAUAACAAUCAGCCUCUCUCCCUGACUCCACACCUCUUUUGCCUUAAUCCAGGCUUCAUCUAGUGCUUCGCAAACCAACUGAACUCGGAAUUUCGAAUUUCUUUUAAAAACAACCAAAGAAACCAUGCUUGCUGCAAAUUAUUACACAGUGGCAUGUAAAAUCAUAACAACUGCUAGUAGUGAUUGCAAAUUUUCAUUAUCUGGUUAAUUCCCCUACGCCCUCAAUUUAGGUUUUGUGAUUACAGAGCUCAGAAGCUAUCAUGCGUUUAGCGUAGCAUUCUGGAACUCCUGGCCAAACUCAGCUAAAAAGCUGCAAGUAGUUUGUCUUUCUGUGCCUGUAGAAUUUUGCACAGUUUGGAUUCCUAGGGAUCUUAGUUUUUAUUACUUCAAAUUACUUUAAAAAUGCAAGGUUCUAGCUGUCAUGGUUACAGAUGCCAAAAAUGAGGCUGCAGAGCUUGGAGAAUGGAUGGAUGUAUUUCAUGAUUUCUGAUAAACCUCCCCAUUGCCAAAUGUUCCUCCACUGCCCGCUUCAUAGACGAUCUCCCAUUUCUAAGCUGCUAGUUUGCCACAACAUUCUGGAAAAGUUGCAGAAUUUAACAGGAAUGCAGAAGGAAGCAUGCAUAUGGAGCACAUUUAUGGAAAAUAGCUGCAUAUAUUUUAAUGGUGCUCAGAAUUCACCGUCGUAAUUAAUGUAAUUACUUUGGGAGAUUUCUGCUAUGAUCUCUAUUCAUGGCAUAUGAUUUCCCCCCCUGUUCUGAUGGAUGUAUUUACAAAAGCUUUGCAUGAACUCCCAGCAGUGUUUCCCCCCCCAUCACAUUGUUGAUUCAGUAGGAUUUUCAUCGUAAGAUGUCUUGGGAGUAGGGAUGGGGAAACUGGGACCCCCAGAAAUUGUUAGAUUAGAUUACAGCUCCCAGGAUUUUUGAUCAGUGAUCAUAGUGGCUGCUGGAGCUGGUAGGAGACUUGAGUCCCAGCAAGAUGCUAAGAGUAAGGAUGGGGAAAUCUGACAGUUCUGGUUCCUCUCACUUUUUUCCAGUCUUAGGUUCAGUUUUCCACAUUUCCACUUCAGUGUGUGAUUUUUUCUUUUUUAAUCAUCAGCAUUUUAGUGUGAAUUUCUCUUAAUAUGCAUAAAAUUGCAUGCAAUUUCCCCUAAAACACACAGUUUUGCAGAGCAAUUUCCCCUAAUAUAGUGCAUAAUAACAUACACUUUACCCCAGAAUAUAUAUAUAUAUAUUUGUACACAUUGCUUGGCUGGAGAACUGCGUUAUGAAAUUCGGAGAGUUUUUUCAUGUUCACUUUUCACUGAGUGACAAGCACCCAAAAACAACAACAAAAACAACAACAAAAAAACCCCAAAAACAACCCUGGCUUCUUCCAGACGGCUGUUUGAAAACCAGUGAUUUGAAACAAUGAAAAAGUGUUAGCAGAUUGUGGUUUUUUGAUAUGACAGGCAGGCUGUGCAAAGAACAACUGUCUCAUUUUGCUAACAGAAAAUGUGUUUCCCAAAGCAGCGUGAUCUGCUUUUAUGUUUUUUGGGAAACUACAGCAGUCCUGAAUAGAUAACUGAAAAUUAAAAUGAAAUAGCUAGUAACUUGCUUUAUUUGCUCCCAACCAUUCUAUAUGCAUUUCUUUUUUUGAUGAAUUGCACUGGUGAUUGCUUCUCCCUUUUUUGUCAGUGAAAUCAUUAUCCAAACUGAUGACACAAAAUAAAACUGCUUAUGGGUGCCUCUGGCUAUAGAAUUUUUAUAUCCUAACUUGUGGGGAGAAAUCUGGAGAAGUGGCCAUGGCACAUGAGUCUGGAUUGCUUCCCCUCUCACUUAAAUGCUCAGCAUGCCAACAGGCGUGACUUGCAGCCUUCCAAGUGUUAUCAUCACACCCAUAAGGGCUAGAAACUUGUGAACAUGGUUUAAAACUGAAAAGCUGAGAUUCCCAGGAAUCUGGAUUUGUGCGCAUUGUUACAUCAGAUGCUCCCAUAAAACUGCGAGUUAGAUUCACAGCCCUGCUUGGCAGAUCUUGAAAUGAACUGACCAUCCUGAGAACAAGCUAACGCAAAUUAUUUAUUAUGGGUUGUAUCUGUCUGACUCUCACAGCAGAUUUCCAUUUGUGAAGCAGAACUCCUCUCUCCUGCAGACCUUACCCUCAAAAUCUGCUUCAGAGGGUCAGGUGACCCUCUUCCUGAGGGUAGAGGAAGAAGCAAUUGCAUUGCGCGAGUGGAAUGCUUCUCACAUAGCAAUGGAUACAUGUUUCACAUGGCUAAAACAAGCCGAUCUAACCAAGACCCAGUAACACCUAGCUUCUUAUGCAGCAAUGCUCUUCAUCACGUGAAGCAAUAAUGUUCUUCAUCACGUACAUAUGCUGAAGCCUUAAUCUGCACUCAGGGUGUUUGGAAAUCUGCACAGUGCUCAGUGCUGAAGAGGGGAGAAUUGUCACUUCGAAGGCAGAAUCCUAAGUUUCAGUGCCUAUAUAUAUCUAUAUAUUUUUCUACGUCUCUUUGUUUAUGCUGCUUCUCCCUCCCUAACAAUUAUUUCCUGCUUGCUCCAGGCGUGUGAGCAAAAUGCAUGAAGAAAUAAAAUGCCUUGCCAAGUUAUCACAGGGAGACGCCUCAUACGUUUAUGAAGCUGCUGUGUGUAUAUUCUGCUGCUUGUUUUGAAUGGUGGUUCUCUGCACUUCUCAGGGCUGAAGUCGUGUCCCUUUGGGGGCCUUUAUUAUUAUGAUUAUUACUCAUUAUGGCCCUCUCCCUCUGCCGUUGCUUGGCAUGAAUGUGCAGGUAUCAGACCUUAUUUUCUGCUAGAUCGGGAGCAGGGGCUUAGGGACGGGCCAUAGCUCAGUGACUGAGCUAUGCAAGCAGGUUGGUCCCAGGUUCAAUCCCCUGGGUAGGGCUGGGAAAAGACUCCCGGAGAGAUGCUGCCGGUCAGUGUAGACAGUAGACAGUGUAGACAGUAUAGAGAUAGAUGAACCAAAGGGUUUUCCCAAAGCAACUGAAGAUUCCUCCCACCCCCAAGCUCAGACAAGCAGAUAACCCUGACCUGCAAACUUUGAUAGGAAUUGGGCCUCAUCACAUGACCUGUUUGUGGCCUAUCACCUUGCUGUUUCUUUCUUUGGAAUGGUUCUGGGUUCAGGGCCUGCCAUGUGGGGCAAUACUGUUGGUUGAAACUGACCCCAGCCGCACAAAUCGCUCGCCUCCAACCAGCCGGGUGGAUUUUCCCAUCAAACACCUGGCCUAAGAACCAUUCAGGUGUAUCAAUGGAAGCCUUUUCUAGGUUGGCCUACAAGAUCUCAAAAGAGAACUUUGGGCUUGAAUUGGGAGCAGGAGGUUGAGGGCACGACAAUAGAGGGUGCACAAAACCGCAUUCCCUUUCAUGGGGAGGAACAAACUGGGAAGCCCUUUAUACAAAAGUCACCGGUGCUUCUCUGGCUCCUGUGCUGUGGGAUGCCAACAUGAGCUCCCUGCCCCCCCCCCAAUGGCAUUGCGCUGACAUGGCAUCUUUCAGGGCCAUUGUGGGAAAUUCAAAAUGGCAGCCGGCAGCACAGGAAGCAGAAGGAGCGCCAGUGAGUUGGGCACCCCUUGAACCUUUCCCAAUAACCAAAACGCACACACCCCACACACUUCUGCUACCUUCAAAUAGGGUGAUGAAAACGGUGGGGUUGGUACAGUAAAAUUAUUCCUCUAAUCAGUUUGCCGCUAGUCUACUCAACCUGUGGUGGCACCCCACAACAGCUGUAUGAAGGGAGAGAAAUUCAUAAAGUGAUUGUGUUAGAUAGCCCCUCACACUGUCUCGAAUGCUUAUAAAACUGUUAAAACACUGGAUGUACUUCGCUAUGCAAAUGUAUGCAAAUAAUGCUUGCUGCUUUCUAGUAAUGCUGUAAACAAGCACAUUUGGGGAGGGAAGAAUGCUGGAAUUAAAUAUAGCUAACAACACCCCCCCACACACACUUUAACUUGGGGACACGUUAGAUAGCAUAACACCCCACAAUUUUUUACCCCUUGAUACUAGAUCUUUCCUAAAUCACCCCAGAUGUAGAUAGCACAAAUAAAUUCACAUUAUUUUAUCUUGUAAAGAAAUCUGGCUGUGCCUUUUAAAAAAAAUCCACUAGCAGUGAGCUGUGUGUGUUUGUUACAUGACUAUGGAAGUGCAGUGUGACUAUUCCUGAUCAAUUGAGCUCAUGUGGAAUUGCAGUUGAUUCCAUCAUUUGCUUUUUAUAUGCAUGUUUUCCCCCCCUGCGAUGGCAGAAUAUGGAGGCUAAAUGCAUUUAUUAUUUAAACACACACCUUUUUACUUUAUAUAGAUUUUUUUUGCCUGUCUCUCACAAGAAUUGUUUUGAGAUCCCUGUAUGUGUUCUGCACACACAACAAAUGUAAUAAAACAAAUUGCUCAGUGACUGUAUUAAAGUUGCAAAUGCUCUCUUUCUUCCA